AACAUGGCUGAACGUAAAGCUACAAAUAAAUAUUAUCCACCCGAUUGGAAUCCAUCAAAAGGAUCGAUCAAUAAAUAUCGUGGUAGUCAUCCAUUACGUGAACGUGCAAGAAAACUUGAUCAAGGAAUACUUAUAAUUCGUUUUGAAUUACCAUUUAAUAUAUGGUGUGAUGGAUGUAAUAAUCAUGUUGGUAUGGGUGUUCGUUAUAAUGCACAAAAAUCCAAAAUCGGGAUGUAUUAUACAACACCAUUGUAUAAAUUUCGUAUGAAAUGUCAUCUAUGUGAUAAUCAUUUUGAGAUACAAAAUGAUCCAAAAAAUCUGGAUUAUAUCAUAUUGAAUGGUGCACGCCGUCAAGAAAAUCGUUGGGAUCCAUUGGAAAAUGAACAGAUUGAUGUGGAUAAAAAUGUGUCGAAAAAAAUCAAAACCGAUCCAAUGUUUAAAUUGGAAAAUGAAACAAUGGAUAAGAGAAAAGCUACGGAAAAUAAAAAUGUUAUUGAAAAUCUGGAACAAUUUCAAACCCGAUGGAAAGAUGAUUAUUCAAUCAAUUGUUCAUUACGUCGAACAUUUCGUACGAAACGUAAUGAAUUGAAAACACGUGCCAAUAAUGAUGUUUCAUUGUUACAAAAAUCAUCACUACCAAUCACAAUGCAUCUGGUAUCCGAAUGUGAACAAGAUAAUAAAAUGGCCAAAUUAAUGAAAUUACAAUCAAAAGAAACACCUGAACAACAAAAACUACUUAAACGUAAACAAAUAUUGAAUCAAUCAAUUUUUGGCAUUACGCCUAAAUAUCCAAAAUGUUCAUUGUCAUUGGAAAAACCGAAACAAACAAAUCUGUCGUCGUCAUUGUCGUCUAUGACCGAUAUGGUUAAAUUGAAAACCACCAUUAAUACAUCAUCAUCAACGACAAUGAUGAAACCACAGUGUUCCAUAUCGUCCAUUGUCAAUUACAAUGAAUCAACCGAUGAUGAUGGUGAUUAGAUUAGAAAUUGAAAAAUAAAACAUAAUCGAUCA